GAAAAUAGCAAACUAAACAUAAGCCACAGCAAAAGAACACUUUCGCCAACGUUGCAAUCUUGCCUGGACGGAAGCAGUCCGUUACCACAUCUACCGUCCGGAAACCGAAGCCGUCUGAGUGUAAGCUUAACUACAGAAACAGUAUAAACCCUACAAGAAGCAAAAACAAGUGUCCAUAGUUGUGGAAUGUGUGAUCCGGUUUUCUGAUCAUUAGCCUCUGGAUUGUGCGAACCAGGGGCUGGGCUUCUUCCAACUCGACACAGUUUUGUGCAUAAAAUCAAGAAAUGAAACAGUGAACGAAAAACGUCGUCAACGCCUUCCCAGCUACGGAACCGCUGCAUCACCGUUCGAUGGACCAGAAUUGUUUGUUUACGUACGGCACCAAACAGCUAGGCGUGUAUGUGAUCACCUUAAAGUAGAGCAUGGUUGCGUCCCACCGACAUUUCGAAGCAACAAAAAGUGUGCCCAGAAGCAAACGGCAGAUGCGAAACGUCUACAACGAGUGGAAUCAAAUGCCCCACAUAAACGACACAAGAAUAAUCGUUCAAGAGGCCUAAAAAACGUACAAAAACAAACUCUCCCGUGGAAAGUUACCCCUAGGGAUGCGUGUGCAUUUUUGAUCGAAAUCAUUUCUGAAGUUUCGAGCCGCCCCAUUUUUCCAGUAUUAUCAUGGAUAGCGAUACGGAAGGCACCUCUAAAGUUGUACGAAAAGGUGGCGCUGAACGCUGCGAUCGAGAGGGGCAUCCGUUUGCGCCAAGAGCGGGCCCUCGAACAAUGCCGAUUCGCGCAGCAGCCGCUGGACCUGGCGGACUAUAUCGUUCCGCAGGGGCCACUCUAUAGUGCCGUGCAGCGCAUUCUCCUCACCGGGACCACCCCGACCGUCGGGUCGGUGCUGUCCAUCCUUCACCACCAGCAUCACAGCAGUAGCGCAAUGCGCAAAACGCGCCACAUAUCCCCCCCUGCCGAGGGAGGAGGGGGAGGCCCAAGUGGUGGCGGUAGUGCCGGUUCCAGCGGCCCCAAACCACCCUCGCGCACAUCCGGUAGCAAACGCGCCGGCCGUGGUUCGGCCGACUUCCGUCCGCUGAAUCGCACUUCCACGGCCACCUCGUCCUCGUCGGCCGGUUCCAGCACCUCCAUACUGUCCAGUCUGUCGUCGUCGGCCAGCACGACCACCACCCCCCAGCGGCGCCAGCGACGGAGGAAACGGCGCCCGCCGACCGCUGGCUGCCGGAGAGCUGCGGGACAUUCCGACGGCACCAAAGAGGCGAGAAGAAGGGCCCGGAAGGCGUCCUCGUCGCCGGCCGACGCACGGUGGACCGACGAGAGCCGGUCCGAGUCGCCGGAACAUUCCAAUGAGGGAGCACUGUCGAUGCCAUGGUUCGGCAUGGACAUUGGCGGCACACUGACGAAGCUGGUCUACUUCGAGCCGAAGGACAUCACACCGGGCGAGCUGGACCAGGAGGCCAAGAUUCUGCGCAACAUACGGCGCUACCUGACGAAGAAUUCGGCCUACGGCAAUACCGGCCACCGGGACAUCCACCUGCAGAUGGACGACGUGGUGAUCCGGGGGCGGCGUGGCUCGCUCCACUUCAUCCGCUUCCCGACCUCCGAGAUGCUGAGCUUCCUGCGGCUGGCCAAGUCGAAGGGCAUGGCGCAGCUGGUGACGACGAUCUGUGCCACCGGUGGCGGUGCGUACAAGUUCGAGGACGAUUUCCAGCGGGAGGUCAACAUGAAGCUGGCCAAGUUCGACGAGCUCGAUGCGCUGAUCAAGGGCAUCCUGUUCACCGAGACGCACAAUCCAUGCGAAUGCUACUACUGGGAGAACGCCAAUGAAAUCAGUAGUACGAAGAAAAAGUUUGACUUCAGCCAACCGUACCCGUUUAUUCUGGUGAACGUCGGUUCGGGCGUGUCGGUGCUGGCCGUGCGCGGACCCGACAACUACAAGCGCAUCUCCGGUACGAGUUUGGGCGGCGGAACAUUCCUGGGCCUAUGCUGCCUGCUCACCGGCUGUGAAACGUUCGAGGAAGCGAUACAGCUGGCGACGACGGGUGAUCACAAGAAAGUAGAUAAAUUAGUGAAAGACAUUUACGGCGGCGACUACGAGCGGUUCGGGCUGCCCGGCGAGCUGGUGGCCUCGAGCUUCGGGCAGAUGCAUCUACAAGAACGGCGGCAGAGUGUAAGCAAGGAGGAUCUGGCCCACGCGAUCCUGGUGACGAUCACCAACAACAUUGGUUCGAUCGCCCGGAUGUGCGCCAGCAAUGAGAAAAUUGAAAAGGUCGUGUUCGUGGGCAACUUUCUGCGCGUCAACCCAAUUUCGAUGAAGCUGCUCGCGUACGCGAUGGACUACUGGUCGAAGGGCACGCUGAAGGCGCUGUUCCUCGAACAUGAAGGCUACUUCGGUGCUGUCGGUUGCCUUUUGCAGUUCAACGGUGAACUGCACGCACAAGUCGGUGAUUUACUUACCUAGGCUAGGGUAGAGUUACGAUGGGGGAAAACAGUACUCUCCCAGGUGUAUCAGUGAUGGGAGAAAAGCAGAAAGAAAAACGAAGGUAGGAAGGAAAACUUAGUGUAUCAGGAAGAGAAUCAGCUAGUGUGAGGGUAGAACGCAUGCGGGAGUUGUCGUAUAUCAUUUACUAUUUUAUUUAAAACUAGUUUAGUUCAGUUCGUCAGUUCGUUUUGUCCUUCUGUAAGUUUUCAUGAGAGGUUUAUGGUUCUAAACAAAGCAAAAAAAAAAAAUAAUUGUGAAAUAAAACAAAAAAACGCCAAGCGGAGUUAACGAGUAAGCGAACCACAAGUGCAACGA